AUGCUCAUUGAACGACGCUUUAGGAGCUUUGCCCCCUUGACUUUACACUGGUCGGUUGAUGGUGGACUCUGGAGCAACCCUCUGAUCACUUAUACUUUGGGUUUGAUGGCUGCUUCCGGCAAGGUCGCCACGCAGUGGCAAAGCGCCGUCGUGUAA